AUGUCGGUGAAAACAAACAAUCGAAUCCAUUCUUACAUUCUGGAUUUUAUAAAACCGUGUUUGAAAUCGGAUCCCGAAAUAAAUACAUGCGUCGCUGGAAGCAUAUUACAUUUAAGAGAUCAUUUGAUAAAAGGGAUUCCGGAUUUAAACAUACCCACGAUUGAUCCACUUAAAAUACCCAGGAUACAAAUAGAAAAUGGACACGGAAGAAUUCGCGUGAAAGCCGUUUUUACCGAUUUGACCGUUUACGGUCCUUCGAAUCACACCGUUACCGGAAUAAGGGCAAACAUUGAAAAUUAUCGUCUGGAUGUUAGCGCAAAAGCUCCGAGACUUAUAAUAACUGGACAAUAUGAAGUUUUGGGUAACGUUUUGGUAAUAAAUAUAAGAAGCAAAGGAGAUUUCCAGGCUGUUUUCGAGGACGCAUCCGGAUUGGCUAAAAUGCAAGGGAAAGAAAUCGUUAAAGACGGUGUUAAAUACAUGAAAGUCGAUAGAGCCGCAAUCGAUUUUAAAGUUGGUAAAGCGAGAUUUAGAAUAAGGGAUCAUUCUCCAGGAAAUAAAGUCCUCAGCGAAGCCAUUAAUAAUUUUCUUAAUCAAAACUGGAAAGAAGUUUUGGAAGAAUUGAAAUACACCGUGUCGUCCGCGUUGGAAAAAUAUCUCAAACAAAUAUUAAAUACCGCUUUGUUAAAAGUACCGCUAAAUCUAUUUCUAGUCGACGAAUGA